ACGAACAAAGCCCGUUCCAGUGCGAAUAACGACCAUUCGACGGCGCAAAUUUAAAGGUCACAUCUCAGCUGUUCACUGGAAACAGACUAGGCACGGAAGGACUUCUGCCACCACUCUUUCCACUUUCCGGAAUCAACUGGACUCGAAACGACAAUUUGCGCGCCAAUUUAUGAAUGAAUACUGGAUUUCAUUCAUAAUCAUCCACCGUUUGGCCUUAGUUUGCCAACGUCCGUUCCGGUGCGAGCACCUACUCUAGAGAUACUUAAGGGCUUUACAACGAAACCGCGGUGCACGAUGUCCGUCAGUCAGGAAACGAUCGAGAUGAUCACGGCCGCCAUCAAGAGUGGAGCCAACAUUGGAGCAGGAACAUUGGUCCGUUCGAAGCUGACCAAUCGUCUAGUUUGGCAAAACAGCGAGCAUGACGAAAAUGACCCGUACAAGGAAUAUCUCCGAAUCAUCGGUGCCACGCAGUGCCAACCAGGAGCGGCAACGGGUGGACGUAUUGCCUUGGGUGAACUGCAUGCUCCCAAUCAAGUGUUGUCAACUAAGGCUGGCACCGGUUUUUCUGAGGAGAAGCACGUUUUGGGAAUCCGUAAAAAUAACAGUAAGCAUGACAAGGAAAACUGGCAAGCCCACUGGGAAAUUCUAAAGAAAGCCGGGAAGUAUUGCAGCUUCUGCAAAAGCAAUAAAGAAAUUCGUGAUGUUUAUUUGUCUCACAAUCUGAAGAGUCCGGACGGUGACGUAACAUGUCCGAUUUUGCUUGAGUGCGUGUGCCAGUGUUGUGGCAAGCGGGGUCACACGAUCGCAUACUGUCCGGAAAAUAAAACAGGAACCAGCAUCCUCAAGAUGAUUAACCGUCAUAAUCGAAUCUAGGCGCGUGAGUUGAAGAAGAACCAAUCCUACCUAAUCAUAUUUUCAAUAAUUUGACGUCACCUAAUUUUUAAGUCGAACGUUUGACUUUUGACCACUCUCUUAUAUGUUAUUUAUUUCAUAUAUUUAUUGCCUAAUUUAUUCAACAUACUCAAACCAUUUGUUACUCAAAUUUCUCAAAACUUUUGAACAUUUUUCAAAUGUUUGUCGUAUGAAAAUGUUUGCACUUAUAUUUCAUUUUCUUUUUUAAUGCUUGCAGCGACCAAUAGAAUAAGAUAAAAGAUGUUUGACCUUAAUAUAA